GUGCAAGACAAAAGACCUUAAAUCAACCCCGGCCGAGAUGCAAGUAAUCACGCUAUGCGUGUCAGCAACCUGGAUCCUGUUUCACUUGUCAGAAACCUAACGUAGUAGGCCACCUUGUCUAUUGACGACACGAACGUCCAAAUAUGAGAGCCAGAAGUGCGGCAAGACAAAUGGCUCGGCACACUUGCUAAGAAGUUCCGUUGCUACUGUACGUACGGAGUACCUUGAUCGCUCACAUCGGCCAUGGGCAAUGAACACAUAAGCGCCCGACUCCUCGAGUCGCUGACUCCAGGUGCUAUCGCUGCCCUCAUCUUUGCCAUAACAGUUGGCUGCUUCAUUGUCGACUUCGCGUCGAAGCCCCGCUACCCAAAAUCGCUGCCUAGGGUAGGGUUUGGUGAUGGCCUCCUAGGCGGCCUCAAGAACCUGCUUUACUUCACCGUACGCUACAACACAUGGAUGGCUGAGGGUUAUAAAAAGUACUCAAAGCAUGGCCGCUCUUUUGUUGUGCCGUCGGCCCCCAGCCGCCCACAGGAAAUUGUCGUGCCGCGAUCCCAGGCGGCUUGGAUGCUCGAACUCCCAGACCGGAUGUUGUCCACCAAGGAAGCGCAUAGGGACGCCCUACACAAUGACUACCAGUUCUUUGGCACCGACGACCAGUUCCCGAUACAGACCAUCCACAAGCACCUGGCCCGCAAUCUCGUUGGCCUUAUUCCCGGCUUGCAGGACGAAGUGCACGGCGCGAUAGAUGACACUUUCGGGGUGGACACGGAUCAUUGGAAGUCACUGAACCUCUGGGAAGCAUGGCUCGGCAUUGUUCCCCGUGUGACCAACCGGAUGCUGGUCGGUGCCCCGUUGUGUCGAGAUCAGGGUUUCCUCGACAGCCAAGUCGCCUUUGCCGACGACGUCUUCCGCAACAGCUUCAUCCUGGCCAUGUUCCCCCGCGUUUUCCAGCCCCUUGUUGCGCCCAUGUUCGUCCUUCCCAACUGGUGGCACUGGCGCAAGUCGUACCUCAAAUCCAAGCCGCUGAUCGAGCAACGUCUGUACGAUAUGGCCCGAAAAGCCUCGGGCGACCCCGCCUACGACGACUGGCAGCCACCAGAAGAAAUGCUAACCUGGCUGAUACGCCAGGCAAAGGCGGACGGCCUGGGCCACGAACUCAACCCCGAACUACUCUCGAAGCGGCUGCUUCCCAUACAGUUCGCGGCCAUCCACACCACCGUCAUGACUGGUUUCAACCUGUUCCUUGACCUCCUGUCGUCGGACCCCUCGCUUGGCUGUCUCGACGCGAUUCGUGAGGAGACUUCGCGCGUCUUGGGCGAGGACAACGGCGCCUGGACAAAACAGGGGCUGGCCCGCCUCCACCGCACCGACAGCGCCAUCAAGGAGAGCAUGCGCCUCAGCAAUUUCGCCCAGGGCCUUACCCACCGCAAGGUCGUUGCUCCGGAGGGCGUCACCAACCCCGCCGAGGGGUGGCAUGCACCGUACGGCGCCCUCCUGAUGCUCGACAUGGGCGGGACACACCACGACCCGGAGCUGUACGAGAACCCGGACCACUACGACCCCUGGCGCUUCUCGCGCGUGCGCCAGGCCUACGAGGCGCGGCCGGCCGAGGACAGGCGGGAUCCGGACGAGGCCGUGGAGAUGAAGAGGCUGGGUAUGGUGACGACGAGUGCCGAGUUUCUUCCUUUUAGCCAUGGGCGGCAUGCUUGCCCCGGCCGGUUCUUUGUGGCGCACGAGCUCAAGAUGAUUUUGGCUUACUUGCUACAAAACUAUGACAUCAAGCCUUUGCCCGAGCGGCCGAAGGGCUUUUGGUUUGGGGGUAACAUAUUGCCGCCAGUGCAGGUUAGAAUUGAGGUCAGGAGACGAAAAGGCACGAUUUGAGGUGCUGUCAUGGCGUGUUAUUGGUCGUUGAAUCUGGCUGCGCCGGUCGGCGAGUGAGCAUGUCGGCUUGACGCUUUCCUCUCUUGGUGCUGGCACCGCUGCUAUAAACGGAACAUAUACGCAACGCCGCUUACAAGACGGGGCUGCUUGCAAUUCAUGAAGCUUAUGAUUUUGCAUGAUUAAUUUGGAUAAUUCAGUUCAGAUACCGAGAAGAUCCUGACAGUGUU